UCUGCUUGGCUUGUGUUCAUGUUUCGGUGUUUUGAAUACUCGACGCGUUAAAUCCUUAUAUUAUGUAUUUAAGAUGUUAAGUAUACAAAUUCUGAUAUUGUGUGUUGCUGCAACAUUAUCCUACAAUGACGAGACAUGUUCUAAAUCCAAUUCUUGUUCGGAAAACCAUAAUAAAUAUUCUAAAGACAGUAAUCAAUGGACAUCAAGUGUCUUGAGAGAUAUUCGAGCUGCUGUUGCAGACUAUGUGCCAUGCGAAAGGCAAAAUUGUAGUUGUUUUAAGUUUGUAGUUGACCAAGACUUAGUUCCAUUUGAAGAUGGAAUUACGAAGGAAAUGUUCUCACUCGCUCAGUCAAAGGCCACUAAAUAUCAGAUCAUUGAAGGUAAACUAUAUCGGCAAAAAGAUUGCCAUUUCCCAGCCAGGUGUUCAGGUGUAGAACAUUACUUGAAAGCUCUGGCACCAAAGUUGCCAAAUAUGGAGCUAGCCAUAAAUACUCGAGAUUGGCCUCAAGUCAACCAUGUUUGGGGUCAUGUUAAGGCACCUGUAUUUUCAUUUAGCAAGACUAAAGACUACUAUGACAUAAUGUAUCCAGCAUGGAGUUUCUGGGAGGGUGGUCCUGCAAUAGCGUUAUAUCCUAAUGGAAUUGGACGGUGGGAUAAACACAGAUUAUCCAUCUCUGCUGCUGCUGAAAGAUGGCCCUGGAGUAUGAAAGAACAGAAAGGUUUUUUCAGAGGUUCUAGGACAAGCGAAGAACGAGACGCUCUUGUACUUCUUUCUAGGGCCAAACCCAAUUUUGUUGACGCCCAGUAUACAAAAAAUCAGGCAUGGAAAUCCAAAGUAGACACGCUCAACGCGGAACCUGCCGCAGAAGUUUCCUUUGAAGACCACUGCAAGUACAAGUAUCUAUUUAACUACAGAGGUGUCGCAGCGAGCUUCCGUUUUAAACACCUCUUCCUCUGCAACUCAUUAGUAUUUCACGUGGGAAACGAAUGGCAGGAAUUCUACUACCCAUCUCUAAAGCCAUGGGUACACUAUGUGCCAUUAAGCCCUAAAGCUACCCAAUCAGAAAUUGCCAAAUAUAUAAAAUUCUUUCAAGAAAAUGAUUCAUUGGCGCAGGAGAUAGCUGAAAGAGGAUAUCAAUUUAUUUGGGAUAACCUGACUGCUAAGGAUGUGAAAUGCUACUGGAGACAGUUACUGAAGAAAUAUGUCAAGUUGCUCAAGUACAACAUUGAGAGAGAUGAAGAUCUGAUCAAAAUAUCAUGAGAAUAAAAUAAGGAAUUGAAUCAUCUUCUAUACUAAGAGAAUGAGGGCUAAUAUAAGGUAUACAAAAUAAAGAACAAGUCAUUGGUA